CCGCCGCCGGCGUGCAGCUCUCUGCGGCUCCCGGGUGCGGAGCGAGCGCCUUGCCUCCUCGCAGGUUCUCCUUCCUCCCGCGAUGUCCGGCCGAGGGAAAUCGGGAGGCAAAGUCCGGGCCAAGGCCAAGUCGCGUUCGUCCCGCGCGGGCCUGCAGUUCCCCGUGGGCCGCGUCCACCGGCUCCUGCGCAAGGGCAACUACGCGGAGCGCGUGGGGGCCGGCGCGCCGGUGUACCUAGCGGCAGUGCUGGAGUACCUGUCGGCCGAGAUCCUGGAGCUGGCGGGCAACGCGGCCCGCGACAACAAGAAGACGCGCAUCAUCCCCAGGCACCUGCAGCUGGCUAUCCGCAACGACGAGGAGCUCAACAAGCUGCUGGGCGGCGUGACGAUCGCCCAGGGCGGCGUCCUACCCAACAUCCAGGCCGUGCUGCUGCCCAAGAAGACCCAGAGCUCCAAGAAGUGAGGCGCGGCCCUCGGGGGGGACACGCAGCUGGGGGGGGUGGGAGCCCGGCCCCCCAGGGACCUGCUCUCAGAGCUGCCUGCGUCCUUUUGGCGCUUGGGCCUGGGUGGGAGGAGCGGGCGAGGCUCGCCUCUCCCGUAGGGGGAGCGGGGGUGGGCUGGGGUUGUGGCCCCUAGUCUAAACCGCCGGACUCUGUUCACCGGAGCACCCCCAGACCCAUCGCCAGGGGCUGCGGUGCCAAGUUGUCUACCUCUCCUCCUCUGGGGUGUGGAUGCCCCCUUCCCCUGUGGGUGAGCUAGUUCCGGAGCUGACCCACGAUGUGCACGGGAGGGGACCGUGGGACGGGACGGGAUGGGAGAGCUGGCCCCCUCCCUUACACAUUCCCCCCCCCCCAAACCAAAACCCUGCUCUUUGGAAGCCCCCUAUAUUUAUUUCCUGUUAGUAGGUGAAAUCUGUGUUUAUUUAUUUAACUUGUACGGGUGGGGUCACUUUAAUUGCUGGGGGUGGUAGCGGUGGUGUGUGCUCUGACUUUGUCCUUUUGGUUCCUAAAAUAAACAACUCCACUGUGCGUCACCGUUA